UUCGCCGCGUGAAGUUUUGUGCAAGUACCCAUUUGGGAAACUACAAACGCCGCGCAGUGUAUCAUAUCCAGAAAAUACAGAUACAGAUAAUACUUCGGAUGCCCCAACGGCAGAUCACAACCCCUGAAGUUUGCUGGUCAGUUCCUUUAUGCAACUGCUCAGUGCAAGGUGUUAAUUUAAAAUUUCCCUCACAGAAAAAUAAGCUACAUUAGAACGGGUAGAAGUUGCUCUUUUGUACCCUAAGAAAGCUGAGGAAAUCGAAACGGUCAUUGAUCCACCCACUGUAUGCACCUCGCUAUCAUAAUUACUGGCAUCAAAUCCCUCAGCCAACGAUCAACAUUCGUCGGAGCAUUUCCCAUCACAACAAUCGAGGUAUAGUGCGUACACCUUCCCAAGGGAAGAUUCCGGGGGAUGCUGUAUUUUUGAUUGCGUCCCAUAAAGUUGAAUAGUGGAACUACCAGGCGACAUAUAGCUGCAAAUCAAGCCACCCUAUUUCCAUCAUCCGCCUCCACAUCAUCAUUCAUCGACACAUGUCAUUCAUCAUCGCUAGCCGGUCAGCAAUAGUACGAGCUACACCAACCCUCCACCGAAUCAUCCUGCACCAAUUCACCAUACGACAGAACCGGUUCCAGUACAGAAAUUGAAAAAUCUGUGUGAUCCUCGGUCCUAGUGAUGAAUGAUUUCCUGGAGCUGCUGCUGAGAUGAGCGCCCAAAAGCGAAAUGCUUCAAAUUUAAAAAAAAUCCGUGCGAUUAUUGCUCUUGCACUACCUCCGCUAUUCGAAUUCCUGAAAAUCAGAAAUAUAAAAUUUCAUUACUACCGCAGUUUGGCAGAGUGGAGCCGGCCAGAAUACUCUUAUUGGUCCUCAACAGAUCCGAAGAAAAACAAUGAGAGGCGACCCAGCAGUCCACCCGAAGAAUGCAGUCCACUUUUGGAAUGCGGAAGUUUACCGGAUAUCAAAAUACACUGGGCAUAUUUGCAGAAUCAGCCUGGAAUCAAUUUAGGGUAAGACGGUAUAAUGCGCCCCACCUGGC